AUGGCAAUUUGUAAAAAAUUUGGAUAUCCUGAUUUGUUCAUUACUAUAACAUGCAAUGUCAAUUGGAGCGAAAUAAGAGACUUUGUUUUACCAAAAGGGUUGUCACCAUCAGAUAGACCUGAUAUUGUAUGUGGAGUAUUCAAAAUGAAGCUGGAUGAAAUGAUGACAGAUUUAAAAAAAAAGGACUUCUUUGGAAAAACCACUGCAGGAAUGUACACAGUAGAAUUCCAAAAGAGAGGUUUACCUCAUGCACAUAUACUUUUAUGGUUGGAUGGAGAAAGCAAAUUGAAAAAUUCAACUGAUAUUGAUAAAGUAAUAUCAGCUGAAUUGCCCAAUGCAGAUUUGUAUCCAAAAUUGGAAAAAGUUGUAGCAAGUUACAUGAUUCAUGGACCAUGCGGACCUGCGAGAUAUACUUCACCAUGCAUGAAAGAAGGAAGAUGUUCCAAAUUUUAUCCUAAAAAAUUCACAUUUUCAACUUCUAUUGAUGAAGAUGGAUAUCCAUGCUAUAGAAGACUUGAUAAUGGUAGAUUUGUUGAGAAGAAUGGAAUUAAGCUGGACAAUAGAAGUGUUGUUCCUUACAAUCCACCACUUCUAAUGAGGUAUCAAGCUCACGUAAAUACAAAGUAUUGCAACAAGACCAAUUCAAUAAAAUAUUUGUUCAAAUAUGUCAACAAGGGUCCUGACAGAGCUACUCUUAAAAUAAGCAACAACUCUGCACAAUGUGACAAAGAAACCAUUAUUGAUGAGAUCAAGAGGUAUUAUGAUUGUAGGUAUCUAUCAUCAUGUGAAGCAGCUUGGCGAAUAUUUGCUUUUGACAUCCAUCACAGAUGGCCUCCUGUUCAGAGAUUGACAUUCCAUCUUCCUGGACAACAAUCAACUUUGUUUAAAGAUAAUGAUGAUAUUAAUGUGAUUUGCAACAGGUACGAAAAUGCUAACACAAUGUUUCUAGUUUGGUUUGAGGCUAACAAAGUUUAUACAGAAGGAAAAGAAUUGACUUAUUCUGAAUUUCCAAGCAAAUUUGUGUGGUUUGCUAAAGAAAAAGAAUGGAAACCAAGGAAGAAAGGCUACAACAUUGGUAGACUUACUUAUAUUCCUCCGGGCUCUGGAGAACUUUAUUAUUUGAGGAUAUUACUCACCAUUCAAAAAGGUUGUAUUGAUUAUGAAAGCAUUAAGACCAUUGAUGGGAAAUUUUAUGAAACAUACCAAGAUGCUUGCUAUGCUUUGGGAUUGUUGGCUGACGAUAAAGAAUAUAUUGAUGCAAUAAAAGAAGCAAGUGAAUUUGCUUCGGGGUAUCAACUUAGAAGAUUAUUUGUUACUUUGUUGUCCAUGAAUACAAUUUCUAAACCAGAUAUAGUUUGGAAUUCUACAUGGAGUAUCUUAUGUGAUGGAAUUUUGUACCAAAAGAGAAAGGAGAUGAACUUACCAGAUGUACAUACAUUCAAUAAUAGAUUUAUUAUUGAUGAGCUGCAAUACAAUAAAGAAGAGAUGGCAAAAGAACAUGAUAUUUUGCUUAAAGCACUCAAUGAUGAACAAAUUCAUGUAUAUCAGGAUAUCAUGACAGCAGUUGUUUCAAACAAGGGAGGAUUCUUCUUUUUAUAUGGCUAUGGUGGUACAGGUAAAACUUUUAUGUGGAAGACAUUGUCAGUUGCUCUAAGAAGUAAGGGCAUGAUUGUUUUGAACGUAGCAUCAAGUGGAAUUGCUUCUUUACUACUUCCUGGUGGAAAAAUAGUACACUCUACCUUCUGCAUCCCACUGUUAAUUAAUGAUGAAUCAACUUGCAACAUAGCACAAGGUAGUCUCCGUGCUAAACUUCUGAUGGCAACCAAUUUAAUUAUCUAG